AAAAGGUUUGCCGGUUCUGGCCGGUACGAUCGAUCAGUUCGGGUGCGUCGCUUGGCGAAGCAAGAUCGCAAAGAUCGACAAGUUGGUUUGAUAUUAGAACAAACGAACGUCUUAUUCUUGGAGUGGUUAGUGAAGUGCAAGUGGCAAGUGAAGAAUGGCUCAUUUUCUCGACAUUCCGUACGCAGACGGUUCGAUGAGACGUAAAAGCUCGAUAGCAUCGAGUGUGCUGGCGAGACACUUUAUAAAUAACGCCAACCGAAGUAUCAAUAGCUCAUGCGCCCAAAUAAAUGAGUCGGAUAAGGCUAACGAUACAAACCACAAGGUGUUUGUGCAGCUGAACGAGCUGACCGGCAGCGGAGAAAAUCAGGAAUGGAAGCAAACGGCCCGCUGGAUCAAGUACGAGGAGAACUUGGAGGAGGGAGCCGAUCGGUGGGGCCGGCCACACGUUGCCGCCCUGUCGUUUCACUCGCUGCUGAAUCUACGCCACUGUCUCGAGACGGGAGUCGUUCUGAUGAACCUAGAGGCAAAUGACUUGUCCAUAGUUGCGCAUCGUGUGGUGGAGCAGAUGGUCGCUCGUGAGUUGAUCCAUGAGGAUGAUAAACCGGUCAUUGCACGGGCACUGCUGCUGCGCCAUCGGCAUGUCAACGAGAACGCGCACGGUGGAAUCUUCUACGGAUCGAGGCGAAGGUUAAGCAGCUUCACGAGCAUUCUGAGUGUGAAGAAUGACAGCAGAAAACCAUGUAUCAUACCGGUAGUCGAGAUCAAUGGCCAGGGAGGCCAAAGUGAGAUGAGACUCAACAUCAACGACGAAUCCUACACCUCCUCCCAGGAAGACAUCAAGAUGUGCACGAUUCUGAAGCGCAUUCCCGAGGGGGCCGAAGCAACGACCGUCCUCGUCGGUGCGGUCGACUUUCUUGAGCAGCCCACGAUCGCUUUCGUACGGCUGGCGGAAGGUAUCCCGAUGCCGAGCAUUACGGAGGUACCGAUCCCCGUGCGCUUCCUGUUUCUUCUGCUCGGGCCUCAAAAAAUCGACCUGGACUACCAUGAGGUUGGCCGGUCGAUUGCAACACUCAUGUCGAACGAGCAUUUCCACAACAUCGCCUAUAAGGCGGACGAUCGAGAAGAGCUGCUGUCCGCGAUCGAUGAGUUCCUGGAAGACUCGAUCGUGCUUCCACCGAGCAAAUGGGAGCGUCAGGGACUUUUGCCGUUCGAGGAGCUCAAGGCCAGAAGUGACAUGAUCCGAUUGCGCAAGAAGAAAGCACUGGACGAGAUGAUUAAGAGUAAGCAACCACAGCUGGUCACGAGCGAAGAGGAAAAGAAGCUCCUAACGGUUAGUGGUGGUGGUGAAGGGGCGAGUGAUGGGAAGAAACCGCCCAGUAACCCGUUGCAGAAGACCAACCGUCUGUGGGGUGGAGUGAUCAACGACAUCAAGCGUCGCUAUCCGAUGUACAAGAGCGACAUUAUGGAUGGACUCAACACUGAGACGCUGGCGGCGACCAUCUUUAUGUACUUUGCGACCCUCUCAACGGCCAUCACCUUCGGAGGGUUGUGUUCGGAUAAAACCGAUAACCUGAUCGGCAUCUCGGAAUCUCUGCUGUCAGAUGCGAUAUUCGGUAUGGUGUUUCAUCUGCUUGCCGGACAGCCUCUGCUCAUCAUUGGCACGACCGGUCCGCUUGUCCUGUUCGAUGAGGCACUGAAUCAGUUCUGUAUCUCGAACGACUUCAACUUCCUCACGGUGCGCGUGUAUGUUGGAUGUUGGCUGGUGGUGAUCGCUUUGCUCGUGUCCGCGUUCGAGGGUAGUGUGUACGUGCGAAUGUUCACUCGCUUUACGCAGGAAAUCUUUUCCGCCCUAAUCACGCUACUGUUCAUCUUUGAAACCUCCAUAAAGCUCGUAUCUGUGUAUGUUCGACAUCCGCUGUUGUCUGAGUAUGUGUACAAGAACAUUACUGUUGCACCCCUUCUACCUAUGCCUUGUCUGGAGGUGAGCAAUGGCACUACUUCGAUUGGAUUGCUCGAAAAUAACCUAACAAUGGUCGUGAAUGGAACGCUGGGACUCGUCUCAAACAUGGAUCACCUGCUCAUUCCGGAAGAUGCUAGGGGGCCUCGAAACCAACCAAAUACGGCGCUUUUCUGCACCAUCCUCAUGUUUGGAACAUUCUCGCUGGCCUACUACCUGAAGCUGUUCCGUAACUCACACUUCCUGGGGCGUACUGCGCGACGUGCGCUCGGUGAUUUUGGAGUACCGAUCUCGAUCGCCAUAUUCGUACUAGUUGACUACAUGACGCCACAGGUGUACACGGAGAAACUAAGCGUACCCGAGGGUCUCUCACCGAGCGAUCAAACACGCCGUGGAUGGCUUAUUCCGAUGGGUGGCGUUCCCAGCUGGUUGCCCUUCUUGGCAAGUAUUCCCGCACUGUUGAUGUACAUUCUGAUCUUCAUGGAGACGCACAUUGCGGAGCUGAUCGUCGAUAAGCCUGAGCGAGGGCUGAAGAAAGGUUCCGGUUUGCACAUGGACGUUGUGUUGCUGUGUGUCAUUAACACCGUGUGUGGGUUCUUCGGUAUGCCGUGGCAUAGUGCUGCUACGGUCCGAUCGGUAUCACACGUAUCAGCCGUUACUAUCAUGUCUAGAACUCAUGCACCAGGAGAUACGCCACACAUCGCGGACGUGAAGGAGCAACGAGUAUCGGGCUUUGUGGUAUCGGUCUUGGUGGGGCUUUCAGUAGUAAUGGCUCCGAUCUUGCGCUUGAUCCCCAUGUCUGUGCUGUUUGGUGUUUUUCUCUACUUGGGCAUUGCUUCCAUGAGCGGAGUGCAGUUGUUCGAGCGAUUACGGUUGUUCCUGAUGCCAGUUAAACAUCAUCUACAAGUGCCAUUUGUGCGACGUGUUCGGACGUGGAAGAUGCAUCUGUUCACCUUCAUACAGGUACUAGCGUUAGCCGUUAUGCUAGCCGUGAAAUCAUCACCAUUUGCAAUGGCAUUCCCGUCCUUUCUGAUAUUCAUGGUGCCGAUUCGGAUACAGAUGGAGAAGUUUUUCUCGCCCCUUGAGUUGCGUGCACUGGACAGCAGUCAACCGAACGAAGGAGCAGAAGAUGAACCCGAUUUUUACGAGCAAGCUCCCAUUCCUGCCUAAAUAAUCGCGAUUUAUACUUAAAAAUAUGAAAGUACUCAACAGAUUUAUAACUAUGUGUUUAACAAUUAUAUUUGUUACCUUUUACAAUGAUGAAUAAAGCUUUUAAAAGAUG